UUUUAAAAAUGUCAUUUGAUUUUUGCUAUGCAGAUGUACUUGCACUAGGCGAGAGUGAUGAGGAAGACCCUAUCUUUGAGAUAGGCAUUAAGAAGAAAAAGAGUCAUAAGAAGGUUGCCAGCGACCAGCAUAAGAAGAUAGAGGAGGAAAUGAAGCUACUAAAGAUAGCUGAAGGAGCUAAGAAGACUAAGAAGCGGAAUCGGAAUAAGAAGCAUGAAAGGCAUUGCCUCCAGCCAAACUUUAUGACCAUAGAAAACGAACUAUUUCUGAACGAAAAUGAAGAAGACCAUAAGGCCCAGUACCAGAUGGUGAAGGCUACUGAAUCUACCAAUGAGGAGAACAAGGUACUCCCUGCUGACUCAAAGCCAGCUUCUAUUAAGGGACUUACUGAGGAAGAAGUAAAGGCCUCUGAUGCCUUUAUUGCUCAGUACAACCUUAUGAAGUUGGAGCACAACUUUGAAGGUCAAUCCGUUGCUUCCGACAUCAAUGAAGAAAGGUACUAUGGAAACACUGAGUACAAGCUCAAGCUCACUCAAAGCCGCCCUGAGAGAAUCUUGAGACUUACCACUCAGAUGAAGUUCAGACUUAGCGAAGGAAAUGGAGAAGCUUACUAUGUCAUCGGAGUUGGAGACAAGGGAGAAUCUAUCGGAAUUAAUCAAAAAGAAAUGGAAGGUUCUCUUCGAAUACUCCACAAAAUGGCCUCAACCUUGGAACUUGAAAUCUCCAUUGUCUAUAUUAACAAAGGAAGGCAUGGUGAGAUUGUUAAAGUUAAGGUUAUGUAAAUAACCUGCUUUAAUGAGUCUUAGUCUACCUUCCUUUUGGAAAGAUUAAGACAAAGAAGGUGAGGCUGAGCCAAUACGGACAAAGAAUCACAGUUGAAGUAUUGGAACACUACUAAUAUCUUAGCUAAUAACUAAGAUAUGCAAAGUAGAUUGACCAAUAUUUUAUAAGUAGGUGGUUAGAACCUCAUAUCUACCAUUUGCACACUUCUUAGAUGUUCUGCAUUUCCUCGAUUCUCAGAGGAUUUCAUGCAUUUUUAGUGGUUAAUUUAAUCACGAUUUUGAAAUCAUGAAAUGCAGAAUUAAUAGGAUUCACAAUAUAUUAAGGAAGCUGAGAUCAGAACGAUUCAUAUGCAUCCAAAACUCCUAAUCGUUAUCCCAAUAUCGAAUCAAAUAAUCAUAAGCUCAAAAAAGGCAGAGGAGCUAUGAAAGCAGCCACUAAAUUUCGCGAAGCAUUGAUCAAAAUUGUAGUUGAUCGUGCUGAGGUUUAGUACGCUUGUUGCUCUUCAUCUCCCUCUUUGAGUUUUAAAUCCCCCAUUCAGAACGAAGAUUCUAGAAUCUGAGGAUGUGUUGGAUACGCAUUUAUGAAUCUACUAGUACUAUUAUAAAUCAAGAAAAGCGCAAUCGAUUUUAAUAAGAUUAUAACCCAAAUUUGUGCUAGUUACAAGAAAUCUAAAGCUCUACACCAAAGUUCACACUGGAACAAACUCCAGAAAGGACAAAUAAGAAGGUGCUCAGCAGAGCCUCUCAUUGUGAAAGAUUCCCGUAUGGGCUACUCUAAAGCCAUCACCGUUACUAAUACUUUAGAAUUACAUAAUAAUUCAC